AUGCCGCAUUUCAGUACCAACGUCUUUCGAAGGGCCAUCAGUUCCAUUUGCUGUACUGGAAUAUCAAGAAAGGGAGAGAAGCCUGAGAGAACUCAGACAGGAAAAGAUAUGGCGCUGCUGGCUAGCAUUGAAGACGGCACUUUUGCUACCCUUAGUGAUACCCAGGCAGUUCAACUCUUUGGAGCUACCUUCUACUGGGAACUCGACCGGCUGAAGCGUGCAAAGCCCACUGUAGAGUCUUCCGGGACAAAAACACUAGGAAAUCUCGAUUAUGAUGGUCUUACACCGUCACAACUCCUGUUUGGCGAAGACUUCGUGGAAGUCAACCGGACGCUCGUUGGAAUGCUCGCUUUGAAGUGGCUAUGGUCGAACGACUACGACUCGUUCACCUAUCAUCAACAUCCGGAGAGAAGGCUCCAGCUUGAAUCGUUUGAGAGACUAUAUGCCAUUUUAUCUGGGGGCCUUCCGCAUCCAUACGAGAUAUACGCUCUUCUCGUUGCGAUUGUGGUCAACGACCUUGGGAAAGACGACAGCCUUCAGGCCUCAGUCGCGGAGACCACGGGUCAGACGUACGAUAACCAUGAUGAAGUCCUUUUAGCGGCUGCGAAUGCUCAGAUGAUACCCUCCAUCAAUACCCUUCAGCCGGAUUUGAGAUCAGAUCUGAUGUUGGGACUCGAGGUUGGUUCAAGCUUUAACCUUGCACAGUUGGCUCAGGCAGAGAACGUUCCUGCGAGCCUUGAAAGCAUAUAUGCAAUGCGUGACAGAGAGAGGGCAUUUUUCCUGAAAUAUAUGGAAGUUCUUUUGGAUAUUGCAGGAGCUGCCGGUCACAUAGACUCUCGAAGUGCAGGGGCGAUGGUUGAGCCAGUAUUUCGAAGCUACCUCGCAGUAUACGAUGCUCUAGUUGGAGCCAUCAGUGGAAUCCUCUCUUUGAACCAGGCGUACGACCACGUUCUGACUUGCCGUGCAAGGAUCCUUGAGGAGACUGGGUUUAGGAGCUUAUCGGCUCGCAUACCGGAGGAACGAGCGUUACUACGGCUGUUGACAAUGGGACGAGUAGCAGACAUAUCUUUGGCAAAAUGCUUUUCAGAGGCAUUCGCCAAUUUACCAGAAAAUAUAAGAAAAGACCUAGUGGAUGGGCUAGGGGCUGAUGGCCUGAAUAUGAAGCCAGCUAUCCUGCCGUACUACUCCCCUGGACUAAUCGCAGAGGCACUGAGAAGCUGUGCCGGCAGCUCACAAAAUACAAAAAUACAUGUUGUGGGCGCGUUGAUGCGGUUUCUUGCCCGGGUCUACGGCGAAGCUGCAACCAAAGCACCAGAACGCCCGCAGGGAGAAAUUUCAAAUGUUAUUGAGGUUGACUUAUCCUUUGCUCAGCCGGUGGUAUCAGGUGAGAAUUUUAGACUAGAUCCAACUGUGUUAGAUGCAUUACCAAUUUCCCGGCUACACCGGCAUGAAUGA